AUGAGUAUCCUGGUGCAGGUCCUGCUCACCCUCCUGGUGCUGUCAGCCUGCCUGGCUGACGUGGUUGCACACACACUACGGGCCAGGACGCUGAAGGAGACCAUGAAUUGGCUGGAGAGGCUCCAGCAGGAGGUUUCCUGUGACAAGAUGAAUGUGAUAAAUAUAUUUGCAGAUCAGAAGAGCCGUAACAAUACAGAGAUCUUAUGCAAAGCUGCCACAAUUGCUCAGGAGGUCAAGAGCUGCCACAAGUACCUCGAGGGCAUCUACUACAACUUGCUGAGCCUGGUCAGGCACAAGGAGCCAUGUCCUGUGGCAUCAGGCAGCACCACCUCACUGAAGAAUUUCCUCAAGGAAUUAGACCAUGUCCUCCAAGAAGAGUUUAAGAAUCAGAAUUGA